GGGGGCGCUUUGCGUGGAGCGCGCAUGCUCGUGUCCCGCAUUGUUUGGAUCAGCUGUGCGUGGAUGUGAAACCCCACCCAAUGAGGAAGGACGAGCGGUGAAGAGCAGAUCCGGAGGCCGACAGACAGCACGAAGCCGAAGAUGAUCGCGUUAUUCAAUAAACUCCUGGACUGGUUUAAAGCGCUCUUCUGGAAGGAGGAGAUGGAGCUGACGCUCGUCGGACUGCAGUACUCGGGAAAAACCACAUUCGUCAACGUCAUCGCGUCCGGUCAGUUCAGCGAGGACAUGAUCCCUACAGUGGGAUUUAACAUGCGGAAGAUCACCAAGGGAAACGUCACGAUUAAGUUGUGGGACAUCGGAGGACAGCCGCGCUUCAGGAGCAUGUGGGAGAGAUACUGUCGUGGAGUCAGCGCUAUAGUGUAUAUGGUCGACGCUGCUGAUCCAGAAAAGAUCGAGGCGUCUAAAAACGAGCUGCACAACUUGUUAGAUAAACCUCAGCUGCAGGGCAUUCCUGUUCUUGUGUUGGGCAACAAGCGAGAUCUGUCCGGAUCUCUGGACGAGAAGGAGCUCAUCGAGAGAAUGAACCUGUCGGCCAUUCAGGACAGAGAGAUCUGCUGUUACUCCAUCUCCUGUAAGGAGAAGGACAACAUCGACAUCACGCUACAGUGGCUGAUCCAGCACUCGCGAACCAGGCGGAGCUGAGGAUGAGGCGGCGUCUGAUUGGAGGAACGGCAUCAUGUGAUCGACUGUAUUUUAGACGCUCUUGAUUUCUCUCUCUGUUCUUAUAAACUAACAGAUAUCAUUUACGCCG